ACAAACGGCAUGUCGUUUGCGCUUGAAAGCUUAUAACGAAUUAGCAGUCGGGGUCGUUCAACCCGCGGGACGACGCUAAUGGCGAAGGGUUUAGAGCAGCAGGAACUGGAAGAGCAGCCAUGGCGGGUCCUCGAGUUCUACAGCGGCAUUGGCGGCAUGAGGUACUCGCUCAUGAAGGCAGGAGUGAACGCCGAAGUUGUGGAAGCGUUCGACAUCAACGACACCGCCAACGACGUUUACGAGCACAAUUUCGGCCACCGUCCCUAUCAGGGUAAUAUUCAGAGCCUUACUGCUGCUGAUCUUGACUGCUAUGGGGCGGAUGCAUGGCUUCUUUCUCCUCCUUGCCAACCUUACACUCGACAAGGUCUUCAAAAGCAAUCUGGCGAUGCUCGGGCAUUUUCAUUUCUCAACAUUCUUGAGUUGAUACCACACACAUCUCGACCUCCAAUGAUGUUAUUUGUGGAAAAUGUUGUGGGAUUUGAGACAUCUGAUACGCAUACAAAAAUGAUAGAGAUAUUGGGAAGAACAAAUUUUGUUAUGCAGGAGUUCGUAUUGAGUCCGUUACAGUUUGGUGUACCCUAUUCCAGGCCACGCUAUUUUUGCCUGGCAAAGAGGAAACCUUCAACCUUUCACAAUCCAGUUUUCGAUAAUCAGCUUCUUCACUCGCUGGGGCCAUUAUUAGGGGAUACAAAUGCCGAUGAGACAGUGCUCUGUGAACUUGAUGAACCACAAAAGAGCCAGGAUAAGUUACUUGAAUCUUGUGAGCCUAUACAAAGCUUUCUUGAAUUCAAGAAUUGCAGUGACCAAUCGGAGUCCAAUUUUGUGGAGACCACUACUAGUUCUACAGAUACUGAUGGAAUAUUGGAGAAAGAUGAAGGGAAUGGAUAUUGUACCGGCAUCGUAGAUCAGUACAUUGUUCCAUUAAGCUUGAUAGAGAGGUGGGGAAGUGCCAUGGAUAUUGUCUAUCCUGAUUCGAAACGAUGUUGUUGUUUUACAAAAAGUUACUAUCGAUAUGUGAAGGGUACAGGCUCCCUUUUGGCAACUCUGCAGCCAAAGAAUAAGGAUAAAACAUCUUCAUUGAAGGAGCAUAACCUUCGAUACUUUUCCCCAAGGGAGGUUGCUAAUUUGCAUUCUCUCCCGGAAGAUUUUCAGUUUCCACAGCAGAUAAGCCUCAGGCAGCGUUAUGCAUUACUGGGGAACAGUUUGAGUAUAGCAGUGGUUGCUCCUUUACUCAAAUACUUAUUUGCCGGAUCAUCAUGAUUAUUCUAAGAGACCCCAAUUUAGUAGAUGCAGCUCUCACCUUCAGCUUUACGUUUGGCUCACUAUAUCAAUCAAUAAGCUUAAACUUCUCUCCCCGGAUAUCUCUGCGAACUCUAACAUGUAAGGCAUGGACUCUGUGGAUUCGAGAUAAACAACUUGAACGUAUCGAUAAGAGGUUUUCUGAAGCUGUAAGGUGUUUGCAUGUGGGGCUGCUAUGUGUGCAAAGAGUAACUCAACCACGCAUAUCAUCUGUAGUUCUACACUGAGUGAAGUGUCCCCAAUCACAUUCAUGGAUGCAACUGUGUUCAGCGAAUACUUUCAGCACUACGUUGAUGGAACCUUCGUAGAUCAUCACUCAGGUGCUUGUUAAUCCUUCCGCCUACGGUCUACCAUCACAAAACAUGUUCGGCAGUAGGUUGACAUGAACAUGAACCUUGUACUCUUAUUUGGGAAACAGACAUGAGAUUAUAAGUUUGCAAGAAAGAUAGUUUUGAAUU